UAAUUACCUUUACUGAUGUAAAGGUAAUACCAUUUCAUCUAGGUGUAUCUGUAGUUCUACAAUGUGUACUGUGUUUGGAUUUAAUUGGACUUGUACAGUGCUGUCUUCUUGGAAUGCCAUAUCUUUAUGUCAAACAUAUCCACGGUGUUAAUUUUGUUUGUUCAUAUCUUUACACUAAAGGAAUGUGGUACUUUCAAGACAGUGUUGCGAAUUCCAAGUGCCACAAUGACGGUCAACGAAGGCAAUGACGAUGGCUCAGCAUUGAUACGUAGUCGCCAUAAAAGGCAGAAGUUAAGUUCUAGGGCUGAUGACAACGCGUUACCAUCGAUUCCUGGACCCUGUGGUCCUGAUUCCUCUGAUACAAACGUGAAACGUGGCAAUCAAAUAUACUACUUCAAGGAUGGGUUCAGGAUAGUAUUGCCAUACAACCACGUCUAUGAGAGCUACACCAAGGGGAGAUGGUUUAAACGCAGGUUAUAUGAUGUACUUCGUGCAGAGUUUGCAGCUUUUACUGAUGAAUAUAUAAAACAUGCCUGUGUUCAUGGGUUGAUUAAAGUAUAUGACCGUGAGGGUAAUGAUUUAUAUCCGGACCCUGGUGACUAUGUCCUGGAGCAUAUAUGUCGUCCUAAUGAGAAGAUAUGGCAUUUAGCACUGGUUCAUGAGCAAAUGGCUCUUGACUCUAGUGUUCGCAUUCUCCAUGAGGAUGAUGAUUACAUCGCAGUAUCAAAGCCAUCUAGUUUGCCGCUAUAUCACACUGGUACUUACUAUUACAACACGCUAGUCGAGGUCCUGAAGAAUGAGGUCUUUAAGGAUAGCGCCAGGACCCUAUAUCCUGUGCACCGGCUAGACAAGCUGACAUCGGGUGUCAUUAUCCUUGCUAAAAGCAGCAAGGCCGCUUCGGAAUUUUGCGAGGGUAUACGUAACAGCAGAUUCCGGAAGGUAUACAUAGCUCGUGUUAAGGGUGAUUUCACCAAUGUAUUUGGUGACCAUGAGUGUAUCAGUAUAAAUGAUGGAAUAGGUGUUGGCAACGGUAGUGUUGCCUGCUGCCAUGGUUUCAUGAGAUGCGUAUCGCACAAGCUCAGUAUGCAUGAGUUUACUUUAGAUGACACGAAGAAGGACGUGAAAGUUGCUGAAACGCGUUUUCGCAUGUUAUCUUAUAACAGUUCCCUGGAUGAAUCAUUGUUGUUAUGCUAUCCUGUUACUGGUAGGACUCACCAAAUAAGGGCUCAUCUCAAAUACCUUGGUUACCCUAUAUCCAAUGACAAGUGUUACAACGAUGGCGAGUUAUCAUCGAGUGUGGAAUACUUCAAGCCAUUACCUAUAGUCCAUUGGGAGGUUAAUGAGCAGGGCCACUGGGUACUCCCUGAACUGGGAUUCAUAUCACCAGAGCCUGCCAAUGUCAACCAUGCAAGUGCAAAACACCACAUAGGACUCAAUAAGGUAGUUGAUGGCGUUCACGUGAGUCCUACUGGCAUAUUCCUCCAUGCCUUGCGGUACGUAUGGGAUGGUAGAAUCUCGGUAUCCGAUGACCCUCCACUUUGGGUCAAGGACUUUGACCUGGAUACUUCCAGGGUGUCCAUAGGCGAUCUAGACCUUUGGUUAGACACUGUCACUGGCAAGUAGCACUGAUGUGUUGAAGGCGACUAUGGAGUGUCGCGUAACC